CACAGGGAGAAAGCUGAGGAUGGUCGAUGUUUCCGGGUGGUCGUCGGAGCGAAGAAGUAGAGGCGGGCCAUCUUUGAUUGUCUGAUAGUGAGAGAUGAAGCGGCUAUUGAAGUAUGGAGAGAAGAUUAGGGAGUUCCACCGCUUGCAGACGGCUUUGCAGCGGCAGGCGGUUCUAGGAGUCGGGAGUCGAAUCAGAAUUUCUACGAGCAGAUCGUCGACCCUGAGUUUGGUGAAGGGAGACGGCGGAGGGUUUACCAACUCUGAUGGAAGAGUUGAGCUUUUUCGAAGGGUCGCCAUGGCGGUGGACCAACAAAGGGAUGGAUGGAAAACGCCGACGGGAGGAGACAGCGAUACUUUAUAUGUGCGGCUGACUGACUGCCUUUUGGGUUUUCCUUCUCCCGAACUGAAAUGGUGGGUUUCUGUGUUUGGUUUUAUUUCUUCUGAUCUAAUUCCAGGGUUAAACUUUGGAAAUCCAGCGGCUUUUAGGAUGGCGGCACUACAGAUUCCGCGCUUGGUAAUCGUUGAAACAGUAAAGAGACCGGCGGUUGCAGCGAUCGACGAACACGAACUUCGCUGAUCUAUCCGCGGUAUUACAGCAAGAGUUGAAAUUGAAGCAAGUCGGUUCCUUUUGCAUCGCCGAUUGAUUCUGCCGCUCUUUUGUUCCAAGUCAGAAGAGAUCUCAUCAUCUCCACACCGCAAGUUCAGUCUCGUCAUUUCAGGUUGCCUGUGCUGCCAAUGGCCAAUCAAAUGUCUUCCCAAUUGAAACUUCAAGAUAUGUCGCCAAGUUCAAGCAUGGCAGUUCCUGUAGGCUCAGCCACCGACCACUUCCGGCAACCAGCUGCCACCGUCUUGGGCGACCCUGCUGACACCUCCACUUCGACGUCUUCUUCGACGAGUCUGACUCAGACUUUCCACUUCUCAUCUGGAAACCCCAGAAUUGAAGAGACACGAGGGAUCAUGCAUCUUUUCUGUGAAGACUCUCCUUCCCAUCUUCCUGUUGGAAGGAAACCUCUUGUUUCGGUGCUUGGGGUGCCGAACCACAUGACAUAUGCAGACUUUUGCAAGUUUUGUGGUUCUUUUACCCAACACAUAUUAGAGAUGCGGAUUGUCAGGAAUGACGAGAUGGAGGAUAGAUAUAGUAUUCUGAUGAGAUUUCAAAAUCAAGAUUCGGCAGAUAAAUUCUACCUGCACUUCAAUGGCAGAGAAUUCAACUCUUUGGAGGAAGAAGUUUGUCGUGUACAUUUUACCAUUGAUGUCCAGUUCACUGGUUAUAGUGGUUCACAUGAACAUGGUCAGCCUUCACCAACAAGCACAACUGAACAUUCUUCUUGCCCAGUUUGUCUCGAGAGACUCGACCACGACAUGGGGGGAAUUCUUACAACCAUAUGCAAUCAUUCAUUUCAUUGCUCCUGCAUCUCAAAAUGGACAGACUCUUCUUGUCCAGUUUGCCGAUAUUGCCAGCAAAUGCCUGAAAAAUCUGUAUGUUUUAUAUGCCAAACUUCAGAGAACCUAUGGAUCUGUUUGAUCUGUGGUUUUGUUGGUUGUGGAAGGUAUAAGGAAGGACAUGCUGUGAGACACUGGAAGGAAACACAACAUUGCUAUUCUCUUGAAUUGGAAACACAACGAGUUUGGGAUUAUGCCGGUGACAACUAUGUUCACCGACUGAUUCAAUCAAAAACAGAUGGAAAAUUGGUCGAGCAUACCCAUUGCAUGCAUGCUGGUGAUGGUUGUGGGAGUUGUGGCUGUGUGGACUCUGGAAUCAGCGAGACACUGUUAAGCAGCAAAGUUGAAGCAAUUGUUAAUGAGUACAACGAACUCCUGGCUACACAACUUGAAAACCAGAAGCAGUAUUUUGAAGCUUUACUACAAGAGGUUAAAGACGAAACUGCUCGAAAAACGUCUGAAGCUGUUAAGAAGGUUGUCAGUCAAAAAAUACCAAAGCUGCAGGCCAAGUUAGAAAGAUGUACCAAAGAAAAGAAAUUUCUGGAUGAUCUGAAUGAAAAUCUGGUGAAGAACCCGCAAGUCUGGAAAGUGAAGAUACUACAGAUGGAGGAGAGCGAGAAAAAGGCUCUGAAGUUGAAGGAUGACAAGAUCCAGAUGUUGGAACAACAGCUUCAAGAUUUAAUGGCUCGGUUAGAAGUUGGAAAGAUGCCCGCUGAGCAGGAUGAGUCAAGCAGCAUAAAUUGAUCUCACUGAGACGCCAAUUCAUGAAAAACUAUCAACCUCCUCAGCAAACGACACAGAAGGUGGUGGGAAAAAGGUGGCUACCGGCGGAUAAAAAAAAUGCAUUGCCCAUGUUAUAACUCUCUGUUUGUCACUGCAAACUGCUCCUGUAUAGUAAUGUACAUUAACACAUUAAUGGUUACGUUAAAUCGAUGCAAUCACGGCGAAUGACUUGUCCAUAGCUUUCAAUCCCCCACACAGUGGUGAGGUUUUCAAAGCUUCUAACCCUACAUUAAUCCUAAUCUGAAUUGCUAUAGGCCGCCCUAAAAUUAUCAACGGUCG